GUCGUCUUUCUUGACUUGGACUUUGCUCAUCUGAGUAGUGUUGAGGUCCACAACUGUUCUGUGUCAUUGUAUUCUACACUCCUCCCAAGGCCGUGCAGGUUCGAAUCAUCUCGGAUCUCUCUCGACUUGCUCCGAGAACAGCGUCGCUCUAUCGGGGUUGGCCGACGCCCGUCACGGUUCUAUUGUAUCUCCCGCUGUGCUUGCGACCACUGUCGUCAUGCCUAACCAGCUAUCUGUGCCGUUUAAGAGGACUCAUGCUGCUGAAUUGCGGCAGGCGGUGAAGGAAUAUCUCCUCAUGAACCGCACAGAAACGCAUCCUGACGCGUUCCGCUGGGAUAUCAAUCGAUGGGAGGCUCUGCGGAAAGAUGGCGUUGGAGGUGUGGUUCACGUCGAUCGCGUAAAGGCUGUCCUUAGCUACCACGCACAGCUUGUAUUCAUACUCACCAAAUUACCGCCGGAUAUUGGUCUAGAGAUAUCCUAUUCGCCGGCAUUUGACCUGUCCGCUCCGCCCAUCAUGAUGUCGAACCUGCAAUAUGAACGAGCCGCUGUGCUGUUCAAUCUCGGCUCUUUGUACUCACAAUUGGCUUCCUCUCAAGAUCGGUCGACGUCGCAAGGACUGAAGCAAGCAAUUGUGUAUUACCAGAAUGCAGCGGGGACGUGGAAAUAUCUAGCGGAAUCUGCGAUUCCUCAGUUCAAAUCAUCGCUUCCUCCAAAUGACUUGCCACUAGAGCUGUCAGAAGCAUUCGCGAUCGGUUUGGAGUUCCUGAUGCUGGGACAAGCACAGGAAUGCGUAUGGCAGCGGGCAGUCAUGGAUAACUACAAGAACGGACUCAUUGCGAAGCUCGCAAUCAAGGUCUCAUCGUUCUACGGCGCAUCACUUUCAACGAUUAGAGAGGCAUCACCGUCGAUUCGACAUGUUUUCCCGCCGCAUUGGCUUGCGCAUAUCGAGACUAAAAAGUUGCACUUCGAGGCUGUGGCACAAUAUAGGAAGAGCGUCGAUGACAUAGAAGCCAAUAGAUAUGGCUAUGAGAUAUCCCGUUUGACCCAAGCACAGCUCGUCGCCAAACGGGGCUAUGACGUUGCCCGGCGGGGCAGUGUCGCGCAGGCUGUCCUGCAUGAUAUCAAGUCCUUGCUGGAUAACGUUCAGAAGAGUUUAGCACGCGCUGAACGCGACAACGACUUGAUCUAUCACCAGGAUGUACCGUCAGCUUCUGCCCUGCCGCCGAUACAAGAAGCCGAGAUGGCGAAGCCCAUCACGCCGCCUGGUCUGACAGAUCCGAAGACCGCUAUCGGCGAAGAUGCUGUGAUCUUCGGCGAACUGUUGGGAUGGGGUGCGAAAGUCGCUAUCGACAUUUACCACGACCGUCUUCAGAACUGGCUGAAAGACGAAGUGACAGAUCGUGCACAGCAGCUGGACGAUAGCGCUCACAGGCUUCUCGAGGCGCUAAAUUUACCCACCGCUCUGGAAGCACUGGAUAAGCCAAUUGGACUUCCUCCAAGCUUGAUCAAGAAGGCGGAGGAAGUGCGGCUGGAGAACGGCCCUGGCGGGAUCGAGACAUCUAUCGAAGGCGUGCGCAAGCUCGCACAGCAGGCAAUGAAUAUCUUGAACGAGGCGUUGGAUGUUCUGGACCACGAGGCGGAGGAAGACGAGGACUUCCAGGUUGAGUACUAUACGGAACGCUCCCCGUCGAGCGAAGCGAACAAAGACCUCAUCACGAAGGCGCAGCGAUAUCGGACUAUCCUGGAACAAGCGGCUGAGAGUGACCAGGUCGUGCGGCAGAAGUGGGACGAGUGGGAGCGAAAUAUCGUUGAGCUGACUUGGGACGAAUCAGAAUUGGAGGCGUCAGUCCCGUCUUCCACCUUCCCUCCCUCGCAGCGAUCCUCCGCGCGGGGAGCGAACCCGACACAGGUGCACGCACGCGCACUUCGCGUUCUCCUUGAAUCACUCGACGACCUCAUACGCACUCGCGCGGAUUACGUCCGGCGUGCGACGCGGCUGGCUGAGUCGGAGGACAUCCGGCCUCGCAUCUUGAAGGCUGCCGCGGAGAUAGAGCGGUGGGUCGAGGUGCAGCCGUCGAUGUUCGAGGACGUGAUCGAGGAGGAGAUGGUGAAGUAUGACAAGUUCCGCGUCGGGGUGCAAGAGACGGAGCAGAAGCAGGGGACGAUAUUGGAGUCGAUCAAGGAAAGGAAUAGUCAACUCUUGCAAUCGCGCAAGGAGGAUCCGUCGGUGAAGGAGCGGGAGCAUGCACUGCAGUCUCUGGAUUUGGCGUACCACAAGUACAAGGAAAUCAGACGGAAUUUGGACGAGGGGCUCAAGUUUUAUAGUGAAUUUUCAAACGUUCUCUCUCAGUUCAGGGAGACCUGCAAAGACUGGGUGAUUAUGCGGCGAAACGAGAUGAAUGACCUAGUACGAGCCGUGGAGUCCCUGUCGAUGCGGCAGGUCCCCUCUGCGCCGGCAACUCCUGUCACGCAGCAAGCUUGCACAACUCCCGCAGAGCCCGAAGAGCCUGCACCGACUCGGCCCCAAGCGAUGGGGCGUGGGGUGCUGGAUCUUCCUCCGCCAGACUCGGAUGAGUGGGAGACUAUGGCAUUGCCGCCGGCCCCGAAAACCCCGAUGCGUAUGCGGUAGGAUAGGUAGCGGUUAGGAUGGGGUGCAUUAGGUGCAAACAUGGAACAUUCACACGCAUGCUAGCGAUGUAACCGUCUACUACAGCCAGAGAAUUUUUUUACGGCCGUACAGUUUGCUGAGAAGAUACGCAGAAAUCGAGGGAAUGUCUCAGCCACCGACGCGCUCGGGACGCGUCGAGCACGGGCUGGUCCACGUGUCCGCCACCGCCUCGAUAUAUUCAUUGAUAAUCACCAUGCUCAUCUCUUCCCGACUGCAUCGCCGUCCACACAGCAUCCUACGUCCCCGACAUAUAACCCUUCCUGAA